AUGGACUUCGAUGACGGGCAGUCCCAUAUGGAAGGAGUUAUCAGCAGAAACUGCACAGAAAAUGGCUGGUCAGAGCCCUUCCCUCAUUACUCCGAUGCGUGCGGCUAUGAUGUUAAUGAGACCGAACCCGACCAGGACACCUACUUCCUGUCCGUGAAAGCGCUGUACACCGUUGGAUACAGCACAUCCCUUGUGGCACUCACCACUGCCAUGGUUAUCCUGUGCCGCUUUAGGAAGCUUCAUUGUACGCGCAACUUCAUCCACAUGAAUCUUUUUGUCUCGUUCAUCCUCCGAGCCGUAUCGGUCUUCAUCAAAGAUGAAGUUCUCUACGCCGAACAAGACAGCAACCACUGCCAUGUUUCCACAGUGGAAUGUAAAGCCCUCAUGGUGUUCUUCCAUUAUUGCGUCAUGUCCAACUAUUUCUGGCUCUUCAUUGAAGGACUCUACCUCUUCACUCUGCUGGUGGAGACGUUUUUCCCAGAAAGGCGAUAUUUCUACUGGUACACAAUCAUAGGGUGGGGAACCCCACUCAUAUGUGUCACUAUAUGGGCUGUUCUGCGACUCCACUUCGAUGACAUAACACACUGCCUUUCCUGGGGAGCCAACACUCACCUCACUCUACUGUAUAUACAUAGACACACACAGGUCCACAUUACAAUCAACUUUGUGCUGUUUGUUGGCAUAAUUAUCAUUCUGGUGCAGAAGCUGCAGUCUCCAGACAUAGGCGGCAAUGAGUCCAGUAUAUACCUCUGCUUCCAGGCAUGCUUCUGUAAGAGGGCUAACCAGUACUCUGUCAAGAUGUCUGAGCUUUCCAUCAUCACUGUGAGGUUGGCUCGGUCUACAUUACUACUGAUCCCCCUUUUCGGAAUACACUACACCGUUUUUGCCUUUUCACCGGAGAAUGUCAGCAAGAGGGAAAGGCUGGUCUUUGAGUUGGGUCUGGGCUCAUUUCAGGGUUUUGUUGUGGCAAUCCUCUACUGUUUCCUGAACGGCGAGGUGCAAUCAGAGAUAAAGAGAAAAUGGAGGAGUUGGAAAGUCAACCGGUACUUUGCUGUGGAUUUCAAGCACCGUCACCCCUCCCUGGCGAGCAGCGGAGUCAAUGGGGGGACACAACUGUCCAUUCUGAGCAAGAGCAGCUCCCAGAUCCGAAUGUCCAGCAUAAAUGCGGAGAACCUGGUGACAUGAGUCCCCCCACUGCCUGAGAACAGACAAAACGUCACAUUCUUUUUCUUUUUUUUUUU